AUGCCCCCAAAGCCACGCCCCGCCCACGACGCCACAGUCACGCCCCCACAGCCACGACGCCACACAGUCACGCCCACACAGUCACGCCCCCCACAGUCACGCCCGCCACAGCCACGACGCCACAGUCACGACGCCGCCACAGUCACGACCCCACAGUCACGCCCGCGACAGUCACGCCCGCCACAGUCACGACCCGCCACAGUCACGGCACGCCCGCCACAGUCACGCCCCCCACAGUCACGCCCGCCACAGUCACGCCCGCCCCAGUCCCCGCCACGCCACACAGCCACGACUCCGCCCGCACAGUCCACGCCCGCCACAGUCACUCCCCGCCACAGUCACUCCCGCCACAGUCACGACGCCACAGUCACGCCCGCCACAGUCCCCCCGCCACAGUCACGCCCGCCACAGUCACACGCCACAGUCACGCCCCACAGUCACGACUCCCGCCACAGUCACUCCCGCCACAGUCACUCCGACGCACAGUCACUCCCCGCCACAGUCACCGCCCGCCACAGUCACGCCCGCCACAGUCACGCCCCCACAGUCACGCCCGCCACAGUCACGCCCGCCACAGUCACGCCCGCCACAGUCACGACCACCCGCGACAGUCACGCCCGCCACAGUCACGACAGCCACGUCACGCCCCCACAGCCACGCCCCCACAGUCCACGCGCCCCACA